CUCUCUCUCUCUCUCUCUCUCUCUCUUGUCAAUCGUCUUCGUCUCUUCCUUCUCCUAUAAAAGUAUUUCAAAAAUCAAUAAUCAACUAAGGAAUUAGGAAAAACAGAAGAAAAAUGGAGGAAAAACCAAUCACAGAUAAGAACACAAAUGGCAUGGGAGUCUUCACAGCUCAUCACACCCUGAAUUAUCAUAUUCAUAUUCAAAUGGUUAUUAAAUGACGAAUAUUUCUUUACUAAAUGUCGACAACUUCCACGCCCGUCCUUCUCUGCAUCUUCCAAUCACAAUCUCUAUCUGUCUCUGUCUCUUUGCUGCAGCAGAGCAGGAGAAGACCAAUAGCUAACAAUUCGGAUCUGUAAGGCUUUAAGUAGUUGUGUAGGCGCAUUUUGGGAUCUGGGUUUCUGAGUUUCUUUGAUUAUUAUUCUUUUUCUUUGGAUUGAUCAUGGGUUCCUCUCGUCUCCCUGUUCUGGGUUUUCUGUCUCUGUUACUCUUCUCUGCUACUUGUUAUUCUUCAUCUAUAAACCAAGAGGAAGACAGAAUCACUGAGUUACCAGGACAACCACCCAAUGUGCAGUUCGCCCAGUACUCAGGAUACGUUACAGUUAAUGAAAAAGCCGGCAGGGCCUUGUUCUACUGGUUAGUUGAGGCUCCGGCGAGUCGUCUUCCCAAAUCGAAACCUCUUGUUCUCUGGCUCAAUGGAGGGCCUGGGUGUUCUUCUGUGGCUUAUGGAUUUGCAGAAGAGCUCGGACCUUUCCAUAUUCAUCCAGAUGGGAAGACCCUUUUCUCCAAUCCUUACGCUUGGAACAGUCUGGCGAAUUUGCUUUUCUUGGAAUCUCCUGCCGGAGUGGGUUUCUCGUAUUCGAAUACUACUUCGGAUCUGUAUACUGCCGGUGACAAUAGAACAGCUGAAGAUGCAUAUACUUUCCUAGUCAAUUGGUUCGAAAAAUUUCCCCAAUACAAGCAUAGAGAGUUCUACAUUGCUGGAGAAAGUUAUGCAGGUCACUAUGUUCCUCAGUUAUCUCAAAUUGUCUACCAGAGAAACAAGGGAAUCAAGAAUCCUGUUAUAAAUUUCAAGGGAUUCAUGGCAGGAAAUGCAGUUACAGAUGAUUACCAUGACUUUGUGGGAACUUUCGAAUAUUGGUGGACUCAUGGCUUAAUUUCUGAUGACACCUAUAAAACUUUGAAUGUUACCUGUGACCUUGGAUCUUCUACGCACCCAUCUGAUGCAUGUAUGCAGGCUCUAAAUGUUGCAGCUACAGAACAAGGAAAUAUCGAUCCUUACAGUAUAUUCACACGUCCUUGCAACAUUACUGGAUCUCUCAGACGGAAUUUAAGGGGUCAUUAUCCUUGGAUGCCCAGAGCAUAUGAUCCCUGCACUGAAAGGUAUUCGACAAUGUACUUUAAUCGCCCAGAAGUGCAAAAGGCAAUGCAUGCCAAUGUAACUGGCAUUCCCUAUUCUUGGUAUACCUGCAGUAAUAUUGUUGGGAAUUACUGGGCAGAUGCUCCCUUAUCCAUGCUUCCAAUUUAUCAAGAGCUUAUUGCAGCUGGUCUCAAGAUUUGGGUGUAUAGUGGAGACACUGAUUCUGUGGUGCCUGUCACUGCAACUCGAUACUCAAUUGAUGCUCUGAACCUAUCAACCAUCAUCAAUUGGUAUCCUUGGUAUGACAGUGGAAAGGUUGGUGGUUGGAGCCAGGUGUACAAAGGUUUGACACUUGUAACAGUAACUGGUGCAGGGCAUGAGGUUCCUCUUCAUCGCCCUCGGCAAGCUUUAAUAUUAUUUAAACAUUUCUUAAACAGUAAGCCGAUGCCUAGCUCAGGCUAGUAGACCAAUACAUCUGAUCCUGAGGAAUAAGCAAGAUUUGAUAGAAGCUCGCCAACUGGGAUAAAAAAGAAAAGGAUAAGUUAUAUGAUUUCAACAUACCAAUUCAUGCUUCAUGCUUGUGCUCUGGUCUUACAAGGAUUAUGAUUCUCAUCAACUACCAUUUGUCUUUUAUAGCUUCCUUUUUGUAUUUAAUUUUUUACAUGGAUUAUUGAUCAUGCUGCACAGAUUCAUGUGAGUAUUUUGGCAAUGUACCAACAACUGAAAUCAAUGAUAUACAAAAAUUUCAAGA